CAAAAAUAACUUUUUAAGCAGCGCGUGAUUUCCGCAUGUGAGGAGGUGCCAGGAAAUCAGAUACUCCGAUAAACACACAAAAAUCGACAAGUUUUAUCUUCGUAAUGAGCAUCAACUAAUGAUCUCGUCUGCUCUCCAAUUAUGAUGAAUAAAAAAUCUGCUUAUCUUUUAGGAAUAAAGGGUUGUGCCUGCCCCAGCAACUGUCAGUCACAGGCAGCGCAGCGUUGGGUCAAGCCGCAGCAGUCAGGAUGGCCGAUCUCAGGAUCCUCCUCCUGGUCAGCCUGCUCUCUCUGCCCCCGGGUCAAGGCGAGGGACCCUGUUUGGACGAGCUCUACGUUGAAGGAUGCCCAAGUUAUCUAUUCCAAGCAAUCGGUUUAUAUUUGGACACGAACCGAACCGUAUUCAUAGAACCGAGGGAAAUCUCCGAAAUAAUUAUAAGGAGCGGGGGAUAUCAGCCAGUCAACAUCACGACGCGGCACCAGAUCCGCCUGUGGGGGAACGGGUCCGAGGUCUGUGUUGAUGGCCCCGGACUUCCAACAAAAAAAAGGAUCUUCAGUAAUUAUCUUGAGAUAGAGUCAAGCAAUCCUCUUUGGUUUACACUCGACUGCAUCAAUGCUUCCCACAGCUGCCGCUUCCACCGUCUCAUUAAAGUGGUUUUCGUUCCCGGCGAGAAUGGCCUGGUGACCUGGAGGCCGGAGGGCCAAGCCUUUAAGUUAGAAGCCGGAAUUCGGGCUUAUGGACGAGUCGACUACAUAGAACCAGGGAAACGUUCUUAUGACAUCGCAAUCCACGGGUCGUCUGCGGGACCCUCGUGUGGCAUCAGCUGCCCUUCCCUGAACCUGAACUUCAUGAGCGCUGCAUACUGCGGACAUCCCAUGGUCAUCAUCAGCGUAAACAAGACCAGAGAUCCUACAUGGAGUUACUUCGACUUCUCUGCCCUGGUCUCUAGGCACACAGCGAGUGGUCCGCCGGAAGACGUCCCCACUGCACUCGCCAGCCCAAGCAGCAUCUCAACGGUCGACGGGGAUAAAACCAGUAAGACCUUUCCCUUACUCGUGUGCGCCAGAGAAGGUAUGUUGAGGAGACCGGCCAAGGGUAUCUUUGGUUUUGAAUGUGACUUGGGUUGCUGGCAAAACCCAACUGUCGUUGCGUAGACCGGCCAAGGGUAUCUCGUUUUUAAGUGACUCUGACGAAGGCGAAAUCCAACCGUUGUUCCACGAAACCGCCUACCACCGUGGACAUCUGCGUGGCCGCCCCCUCUCUCUUGGGUUUGGGCCCAGAAUGGCGUUCGAUUUCGAGG